AACUAAUCAAUGAUACUUACUUUUUAAAAUAAAACAAUAACAUGCAUAUGUCGGAUGUGGAUUAUUUUUCCAUGGCACCAUUCCAUCAGAAUGUCAAUAAAUUGGUAAACCCCAGAGCCAAUCUACUUGAGCCUUCAAGCAGAGAACCUUAGUACAUUAAACUCGAUAAGAAUAAAUUUGCUGGAUAUGAUACCAAUAUUUUGGAUAAAGUAAG